GUCACACUCUCUGAUUUGGUUGGUUUUUAUUAUUGUUAUUAUUUGAACACGUUAACCUUCCAAACCAGCUUCAGGUGUGAGCCGGAUUUUAAAGAACUUUUUUUUUUAAGUCUGCUUUUCUAAACUCUGACUUGUCUGGAGUCUGGAAGAUACAACCGAAAGGUUUGUAUAAGAAAAAGAGCAGAAAAAACAAAAACAAAACCCAGAACCAGGACUUGGGACGAUACCAGGACUAGGACCAGGAGCCGAUACUUGGGACUUGGGAUUCGGGUCAGGAUCGGGUCCAGAGCAUGUCCCGGGCGGAGGAUCGGGAGGAGACGGACUGUGUUUGUUCAGUCGGGAUGAAGUUAACGUGGGACAUCAACGACCCCAAACUACCGCAGGACACAAAGCAGUUUGACCCGUUCCAGGAGUGGACGGACGGCUAUGUCCGCUACAUUUACAGUGCUGAAGAUAAAAAUGCACAGCGCCACCUUUCUGGCUGGGCAAUGCGAAACACCAACAACCACAACUGCCAGAUCCUGAAGAAGUCGUGCUUGGGUGUGGUGGUCUGUUCACGUGGUUGCACCUUAGCCGAUGGGUCCAGACUGCAGCUCCGCCCUGCCAUCUGCGACAAGGCCAGGCAGAAGCAGCAGAAGAAGCUGUGUCCGAGCUGUAACUCCGCUCUGGAGCUGCUGCCGUGUCGAGGUCACAGCGGUUACCCUGUCACCAACUUCUGGAGAGUGGACGGAAAAGCUAUUUUCUUUCAGGCUAAAGGUGUCCAUGAUCACCCCAGACCAGAGUCCAAGUCCGAGACUGAAGCCAGGAGGAGUUCAGUGAAGAGACGAGUCAAUUCACCUCCAUUCACACCGAAGAGACGACUGAUCGAAACUCAGACUCUCGGGCCUCUCCUCUCCUGUGUGGAACCAGCAGACAGAAUCUCCUUCAUUGACCCAAAUUUCCCACAGCAUUACCCAGCAUUCCAGAGUCCAGAUCCAUACUACAACCCCCAUAAUACAUUAGGGGAGGCUCCGCCCACACUCCAAAAACCAGCCAAUCCCAGGCUUUACAUGAGCCGCCCCAGCUAUGAGUUCCAGGGAUACCUGACGCCACCAUCAUAUCCAGUGACCACCGACCUCUGUGAUCCAAGGAUGACCCCUGUCUUAGGUUCUUCGUCCUCCUCCUCAUCUUCAACGUCUGCUCCUCUCUCCGCCUCCUCGUCUUAUGACACACAAAACAAACCUCCUCCUGGUUGGAAAGAAUUGCUAAAGACCUCCACCCCGUACGGAGAUAAUCACCAUUACUACAGCGCUGACUACCCCUGUCGUUACCCCACCAACACCCCAGGGUCACCCGCGGCUUUGCAGACCAUCAUCACCACAACGACUAAGGUGUCCUACCAGCCCUGUCCCAAACCUCCAACAGCACUGCCUUCGUACCAGUCCUGUCCCAAACCUCCUUCUAGCCUGACUCCUUACCAGCCAUGCCCUCCUCCCAAACCCCCCGGCCUCCCCGGCUGCUCUUCCCUGCUCGACGAUGCCUCCUCUUCAGCGUACUCAACCGAGGUGAAGGUGACGGACGAGUCUGGUGGAGUCAUCAAGUCCUUAUCGUUCCAGCCCGAACCUCUACAGACCAAAAUGGAACGAGCAGACGGCUACGACUACCGAUACGCCUACGCCAACACGUACCGCUAUGAUGACUACUGAGGCAGCGAAAACAAUGGUACAAGAACAAGUUUAAACAAAGGUACAAGCGUUGCUACAAGAACAAGCGUUGAUCAAAAGCACAUGACACCAUUAAAGGGACAACGUACAUGGUUUUAAGCAAGUGACAUCAUCAUCAGUUUCUCCAGGUCGCCCUCUAGUGGAUUACACCUCAUUUUUUUUCUGCCCAACGUUCAUCAUGUCUCUCUGUAUCAUACGACCCGGGCAGUGGUGUGUGUUACAUUUUUGUGUCCUCUAGAAACAAAUGUUAUCAAGGAGGAACCUUUAAGCUCUGCCUCUAGUUUGUACUGUAAAUAUUAUCUGUCUUUUGAGUUAUUUAUUGGACAAGUCAUGUGUCAUGAAUAGGACUGAUUUGGUCUGGACGGAUCGUAAAUGGACUGAACUGGUCUUGACAAGACUGAAUUUGACUUAACAAGAUAAACACAUUGUGACAUUCACCUGUA